AUGUCCACUUCGAGCAUUGCUGAACCAUUGACGCCGAUCGCUUCUUCCAAUUCAGCCAGCUCAUCUGCGACUUCGUCAGUUCAACAGAUCUCUUCGUCCCCAUCGCCGUCGCAGUCGCCGUCGUCAAUCACACCAACCCUCGAUAUACCUUCAACGACACCCACUGCUUUGAGUUACUCCAGCAGUUCCAGCGAUUCGUCAUCAAGCGUCUCUGAAAGCAUCACAGUUUCGACUGAGACUCUUUCGAGUUCAUCUACGCCAAUUUCAACGUCCACAGAAAGUUCAAGCACACCCAUGGUGUCCUCAUCGCCAUCUCCUCAAUCGCUUGAGCCGUCAUCGACUUUGACUGAGUCCUUGGAUCCGACGACUUCGAGCUCUGAGAUUACUCAGACGUCAUCUGAUGUUUCAAGUACACCAACACCGUCGGCUGUCAUCACAUCCAGCAGUGUCGAUGUUGUUAGCUUUACCUCUGAAACGAUGCAGAUUUCAUCAGAUCUUUCAAGCACGCCGACAUCGUCUGUUGUCAUCAUGUCUAGCACUGUCGAUCCUGUUAGAUCCACGCCUGAAAUUACUCAAACUUCAAGCACACCGACACCGUCGGCUGUCAUCACAUCUAGCACUGUCGACCCUGUUAGCUUUAGCUUGGCCGAAAGCUCACCUGCAAGCUCAGAAGACAUUACAAGUACAGCCAGCAUUGUUGUAUCGACGUCCAUCUCAGUCUCGGAUAACCCCUCGGAGGUUCCUACUUCGUCAGUUGAUAUGGUGUCGUUCACGUCUAUUUCCAUCAUUGAGAGCACGAGCCUAGAACCUAGCAGCAUGGAAAUAAUGCCGAGCUCAAGCCAAACAUCUAGCAGUGUGGAAAUAGUGCCCAGCUCAACACCAGAGCCUUCACAAACUCUGUCAUCAAGCUCGGAUACGGCUACCAUGACGUCUUCUUCGGUGGUUGAAACAACCCCGAUCGCUACGACUUCGACCGUAGGAGUUUCCAGUUCCACAAUCUCUGAUUCAUCAACUCUACCAGCAAGUUCGGAUCCAGCUACCACGUCUUCUUCUGUGGUUGAAACUUCAUCAACCGUGUCAUCAUCUACGAUUGAAGUUUCCAGUUCCACACCAUUUGUGGCGUCAUCGACAUCGUCUUCAGCAGUUCCAGUACCUACCCCUUUCACUCCUAGCCUGAUUACCAACGGUGGCUUUGAAGAUCCCAGUGCUGCACCUCCUCGCGGCGGUGCUGGCAGUACGGUCGUUCUCCGAGAAUCCACUCCAGAACUACCAGCUUACGCAGGAACGCGUUAUCUCGAAUUCAACAUGGCCCAGACAUCAGUAACUGCGUCUCGUUCCAUCAGCUUAGUGUUCCCCAACAUUGCAGGCGUCCAGGGAACGACUUACCGCGUUUCAGUCACCGUCCGAAGCCAAACCGGUAUGCUAUCUCCUCAAUGCUACGUGCAUUUCGCUUUUGGAGUGAACAUUAUCCCGGUUUCAUAUUUCACUGGAGGCAGUGCAUGGGAGGAGGUAUCUACCAAUUUCCGCUGGAACUUUGGAACUGGACAAGCUACGCCGAUUAUGCUUUUCAAUUGCCCUGGAAACGCGGCCUACUCGUUUGGAGUAGACAAUGUACAGGUUUUGGAAAUUGCCGAUCCACCCGCCACUCCUGAAGCUCUGCCUACACCUUUCCGCAAUGCACCACCCCAGAACAUCCCUUCCGUCGGCGCCACCUGUGGUCAAGCUAUCCAAGAACCAAGCUUCGAACUUUUCCCCGCCGCAACACCCAAUGUUCAGUCACCCUGGGAGUUUGUGGGUUCCCGAUACGCCCUCCCGUACGUCUAUACCAGCGGUGUCGAGGCCAAGCGCACCGGAACAAGGGCCUUACGCGUGACCGUCAACGCCCUUUCGAGCGGCUACACAGCAUCCAUGGAAUUCCGGCAACGAAACGUCGUCGUCUGUCCCAACACGCUCUACGAGUUCAAGUCGUGGAAUGUCCUCUUCACGGCCAAUAGUCGGCUUACUUGCCAAGUGGGUUUGAAGGUUAAUGGUGGGCUGGUUGCCAUGGGUGAUCGGUUUAUCUAUACUGCCAGUAGGGAGUUUGCGCCUACCUCUGGGUACUAUUUGACUGGGUCAUCUGAGAUGAUGGUUAACCUUGACCUUAAACUGUAUUGUGUUGGUCCUACGGGUCUUUCGACGGUGAGUACGGUUUACUUUGAUGAUGUUACUUUUACUCCUGUGUCUUCUUUGUAG